AUGAUUGCCAACCCAGCAACACCACCAACUACACCACCUGCAAUAGCGCCAGUAUUUGAACCAGACGAGCCGCUCGACGUUGAGGAACUGGCCGAUGCCGAGGAACUGGCUGAUGUGAUGGAACUGGCUGACGUGAGGGAGCUGGUUGAUGUGAGGGAGCUGGUUGAUGUUGCGGAGCUGCUCGACGUGGAGGUCCCAUCUAAUUAUAUUAGAGCUGAGCUCAGACCAGGAAAGAUUUAA